AUUUUCAACUAGUUCCCAAUUCUCUUUCAACUGGGAAUUGAAGUCCCAUAAAUUUGGUAACUUUGCUUUUGCACAUUUCAAGCUAACCCCAGAGUCUCCAUAACACCAACUAAUAUGGUGACAAUUGCAGGCCUUCCGUUCGAAGUAAGGAACCUUGUCCAAAACUAGAAGUUCUAUUCCAUCCCACUCCACAAAACUGCUUUUUUUUUCUUUUUUCUUUUUCUUUUUGUUUUUAAUUUCUUUUAUCAUUCUCCACCGCUGUCCUCGUCUUUAAUAAGUCCCUCCACCGUUAACAGCUUAAAACUACCUUUCUCCUCUUAAAAACCCAACUGCCUCUUCUCUAAAAAUCUUACCUUUGAACUUUCUUAGUUUCUUCUCGCUAACUCAUGAAAUGGGUGUCAAAACUUUCACCAUUUUCUUCAUGGUAAUCUCAGUUCUUCUGUUUUUCCUUUACAUUCCAAUAAAACUAACAGUACCCAUUACGAGAUUUACUCCAGUAAUCAACUUAAACAUGCUCAAAGACCAAAAACCUUAUCCAGCAACCUUUGCUUACUUAAUAUCAGCAUCUAAAGGUGAUGCAGGGAGGCUAAUGAGGCUUUUGAAGGUACUUUACCAUCCAGGGAAUUAUUAUUUGAUUCAUGCGGAUGCUGAUGCACCAGAAGUGGAACAUAAAGCAAUAUUCGAUUUUGUGUCCAAUAAUCCAGUUUUUGAUCUUGUGGGGAAUGUUUGGAUUGUGGGGAAAUCAAAUAUAGUUACUUAUAGAGGCCCUACUAUGCUUGCUACCACUCUUCAUGCCAUGGCAAUUUUGUUGAGGACUUGCAAAUGGGACUGGUUCAUUAAUCUCAGUGCCUCUGACUAUCCCUUGGUGACCCAAGAUGAUCUAAUUGAUGCCUUUUCCGGCAUACCUAAAGAUCUCAACUUUAUACAGCAUAGCAGUCAUUUGGGAUGGAAACUGAAUAAGAGAGCUAAGCCAAUUAUAAUAGAUCCAGGGCUUUACAGGCUCAACAAAUCAGAGAUAUGGUGGGCUAUUAAACAGAGGAGUCUCCCAACUGCUUUCAAGCUCUAUACAGGAUCAGCUUGGACAAUACUGUCAAGAUCUUUUGCAGAGUACUGCAUUGUGGGUUGGGACAACUUGCCGAGAACUCUCCUGCUCUACUACACUAAUUUUGUAUCCUCGCCAGAAGGCUACUUUCAAACGCUAAUAUGCAACUCGGAGGAGUAUCGAAACACUACAGCUAACCAUGACUUGCACUACAUCACUUGGGAUACACCUCCUAAGCAACAUCCAAGAUACCUAGGGGUUAAAGAUUACAGAAGAAUGAUCCUGAGCGGCCGUCCAUUUGCAAGAAAGUUCAAGAAGAAUGACCCAGUUCUUGACAAGAUUGAUCGUGAGCUUCUAAAGCGAAACAAAGGGGAGUUUACUUAUGGUGGCUGGUGUUUGGGCAGUGGAAAGAGGCAUAAAGCAUGUUCAGGAUUACAAAAUGAGAAAUAUGGUGUUUUGAAGCCUGGACCAGGGUCAAGGAGAUUGAGGAGUCUGCUCACAAAACUUGUUUCAGAGAAGAAUUUCACUAAGAGGCAAUGUAGAUAAAUUUAUCUUUGAAAAUCAUAAAAGUUAAACAAUUAAAAUGGGUGUGUUGAUUACCAGGCUGAUUGAUCUGAUUUAACACGUGUAAAAAGCUAUUGUGGGAGAUGCUAGGUUCUUAUAGUAAAAUAUUACGAAGUUCGAAUCACCAGGAUGAAUAUGGCCCGGUUUCUAUAUGUGUUCUUCUCCUAAAUAUAAGAUUAAAUAAAUCAUUUAAAUUGAUCUCCUUA